AUGGAUGGUGCCCAAGGCCAGCCGGGUCAACAGCCCGGCCAACAAUCGCAACAGCAGCAGCAACAGCAGCAGCAAGCACAGCAGUCACAACCACAACAACCGCAGCAAGCGCCGCAGCAGCAGCCGCCCAUGAUGCAGCCUCAGCAGCAUUCCAACCUGAUACGAACCGAUCAAGUACAGAAGCUUCCCCAUUUGAAUGAAUCACAAAAGACUCAGCAUACGGGACUAGUGCGGAGCUUGUGGGAGGUACUCAAUACUCGCGACCCUCAAAGUCAUGAAUACCAGACUGCCCAUAUGAAGCUCUCGCAAUUGUCGCAGAACCUGAUGAAGGGUAUGCGAAUGUUCCAGCAAAACCGUCAACAGGCCCUGCAGCAGCACCAGGCCCAAGCAGCAGCGGCGGCAGCGCAGCAACAGCAGCAGCAGCAGCAGCAAGGUCAACCUCAACAAGGCCAACCGGUUCAGCGCACACAGUCCAACAACCCUCAGAAUUUCACCCAACUGCUCCCGCAGAUCCAGGCAAAGGUCAAUGCGCUCAACUUUUACCUGCCGCCCAAUGUGACUCAAGAGCAGGUACAGAACUGGAUUCCCGAGGCGCGGUUGCGAUAUGGCAUUGCUCUCCAGAAACAAGAGGUGGGAAGAGCGCGCAUCGCGGAUCUUCGACAACAAUUUGCGCAGCGACAAAGCCAGGGAAACAUGACACAGGAGGAAAUGCAAGAGUUCAAGAACCGACAGCUUACGGCGGAGAAGCUAUUUCGCGAGGGUAGCGAGUUCCUGCAGAAGUUCAAAGAACAGCAGGAAAGCUUCAAGGCCCAAUCUCAGCCUGGUCAGCCCCAGAUGAGUCAACAGCAGGGUCAACUUACAGGUGCACCCGCUGGGCAGCAGUCUGCAGGCUCGACGGGAGCAGUAGCGAACGUGAAUGUACCUCAAGCUGCACCUUCUGGCCAGGCUGGUGUCGUGGCCACUGCAAUUCCGGGACAGGCGCCGACGCCAGCGCCUCACACGAUCAACUCGGCAGUCAACGCAGCUCGCAAUCAAGCGGGUCCGGCCAUGUCCCCCACGGCCUCGCAAUCAGGACAGAUUCCUCCAGCAUCUUCGGCAGGUGCCACCCCAGCUCCGUCCCAUGCGCAACCACCUGCUCCGCGGCCACCUCUUCAACAUGGCACAUCAAACGCGCAGGUGAACUUCGCCCAAACACCCAACGCUGACGGUUCCACUCCGACACCCACGGGACCCGGGGCUCCCAUCAACCAAGGACCCCCACGGCCUCUUUCACAGCAAGCUGCUAUGCAACAAGCUGCCACUUACAACACCAGCGCGCAAGGUCAACAGCAAGCCCAACAAAUCAACCAGACACCCGGUAAUCAACAAGCCCAUCCUUCUGGCUAUCUCGCCAACCGCUCUGCAGACACGCCCAACCGUACCAUCAACAUGGUCAUUCCAAAGAACCUCAACGUCUCGACUCCUGAGCCCGUUUCCAUGCCCGGGUCUCGACCUACCUUCUCUGGUGGUCCGAGUCACAGCCAGAUGGGUGUCAUGGGACAGCCAGCCAUUCAGAAGCAUCCUGGCUACGUGCUUGAAGGCGAAGGUCAGCACGUACUCAGCAAGAAAAUGCUCGACAUCCUUGUUCGACAGGUGACUGGAGGAGGCGAAGGUGAAAUGCUCUCACCGGACGCAGAAGAGUUCAUGCUCCAGAUGGCCGACGACUUCGUUGAUGAUGUGAUCACUCAAGCCUGCCGCUUGGCUAAGCUGCGUCCCUCGUCGACCUUGGAGAUUCGCGACAUUCAACUCAUUCUGGAGCGCAACUACAACAUGCGCAUCUCUGGAUUUGCCACAGAUGAUCUGCGAACCGUCAAAAAGCCCCAGCCAACGCAGGGCUGGCUGCAGAAGAUGUCUGCAAUUCAGGCGGCCAAAGUCACUCAGGGCCGAACUGAGUAA